AUACAAGUUAACAGGAUAGUUGGAUCAGUCUUCAUCAUCAAACGGUCUUCUCAUGCUCUCCUUUGGUCUAACGCAAAAAGUGGCAGGUUUUUUAUUCAAGUCGAAGCAAUGAUGUGAUAAGUACCCUAACUUCUGUGGGAGUUGACAUUGGAGAAUUAAGCUUUGGUUCCUUGAAGGAAUCAUGGGAAGUUUUCGGAUAUGAACCAAAAAGUGGUGAAGGUGAUCAUGUUAUCAAGAAGGACAUACGGAGGAAUCAAGAAUUUCUGAGCUGGUUGAGGAUUACUUUGAAAACUGCUUAAAAACCCAAGACUUCUGCGCUGCUCUGCCUUGGAGAAAUGCCUAAAGCGAGCACACAACAGCUAGCUCUUGAUUCAAGGAGUGUGGGGUUGAAGGGGAUAACAAGUACACAAGAACUCUAGAGGAGCUGAAGAGCUACAAAGCUGCUGAAGAGUUUUUCCAGAUGUUCCAAUCUCUCUAUGUGCAUCAAAUCCAAAUGCUCGAGAAGUUGCAGUCGAGAAUGAGCAAGCUUGACAAGAAGCUCAAGUGCAUUCGUUCCUGGAGAAUGGUCUCACGAAUGAUCUUUGCCGCUGCAAUUGCUGCUGUUCUCAUCUCCUCAGUGAUGGCUGCAGCCAUCGCUGCACCGCCUGUUGCAGGCGCACUGGCCGCGGCUACAGCCAUUCCCAUUGGCGUAAUAGGGAAAUUGGUUGAUUCUCCUCUCAGGAAAUGUGAGGAUGCCAUCAAAAGACUGCACGAAAUCAUCAACUCGAUUGAAGUUAGAAUGUCUGUUGCCAUCAAAGACUUGGGCACCAUAAGCAUGCUUAUUAUCAAGUUGGAAAUUGAGAUAGAAUCAUUAUUGAACAAGGAAGAUUUCACAACUAAUGAAGAUGGUGCAAAGAUUUGCAUUGAAGAUAUCAGGAGGAAGGUAGAUUUCUUCAAAAAGGAGGUUGAUGAUUUAGGGGUGCAAGCUCAUAUUUGCAGCAGUGAUAUACAGAGAGCCAGAAUUCUUAUAUUGCAAAGAAUAAUGAAGUACCCUAACCAUUAGACUACUACUUCUUUUUUUUUUUUGACUCAUCUUAUUGUAUAUAUCAUAUUUCAGAACAUUUCUAAUAUGUACAUUGAU